UUUUCUAAUUUAAAUUCAAUUUUUUUGGUAUCUAAUUCAUUUCUUAAACAAACUACUGUUAUCUCUCAAUACCUACGGACAUAAUCUCAAUUCAACUAUAACCCAAAUUCUCAAUCCAAAACCAGUCCAGCAAUCCCUAUCCUCAGCCUUAAAACACAAGCUUCCACAACCACGUGCAUCCAUCAUCACAAUGGCAGACCAACCCACCGUCCCCAACGUCUUCGCCCACCGUCACGCCAGCAAAUCCUCCAUAUCAUCCACAAACUACACAGUGAGCACACCGGCCACGACAGAUCGCUCAAUUGCCCCCAUAUCCGCCGACGAAAAUCCGAUUCUGCAUCCACGAAAAUUCGACUUCGUAAACGACACCGAAUUAUAUAUCCAUGAAAACCGCGUGAUUCCCCGCCUAUUUUUCUACGAACCCGCGCUCGAAAUGCAAAUUUCCCGGUUGAAAAUGUUGAAAGAGGGAUAUUUUGUGGGACAUCCUAGGACGCUGGUUUUUAGUGUUGCGGGUGCGGUUACGUCCGUGAAUGGUGAUGAUAGGUCUCGGGGUUCUGAGGAUGGCGGGGAAUUGUUUAGAGCGGCUUAUUCGUUGCAUUUUGGUCCGGGGUCUAAGUAUAAUUCUUCGGGUAAGAUUAAGGAGACAGGAAGUAAGAUUGAAAUGCAGAAGAUUGCAGAGUUGGCUGCUGCGUGUGAGGCGUUGGAGUUUGUGGAGAGGAAAUGUAAGAUGAGGGUUUCGGGUUUUGAGGAUGUUAGUGGAGAGAUUGCUUUGGGGGGGUUGGUGGUGGCUGUUACUAGUAGUACGAAUUUGUGGUAUGGGAUUACUGAGCAUAUUGUAGGUUUAUUUUCCUUUUUUUCUACUUGGAGGUUGGAAUGAGAACUUUGAAGAGAGGUUUGCUGUCUGAUCAAUUCGAUCAAGUUCUUCAAGACCAUAUAUAAAACCUCACUCCCGACCCCCCAAAACCAAACCAUCACACCCUCCUCGAAUCCGCUCCAAAACUAACAAAAAUUCACAGUUCAAAUGGAAACGCAAUGGUUUCCACAACUCAAAAGGAGGUAAAGUUGCAGGAGAAGAAUUAUGGAAAAGAUUGGAUGAAUGUAUGAAUAGAUUUGAAUUCAAUCAGAUGAGAGUUGCGUGGUUGUUAUGUGAGAAGGAGGAAAAUCAAGCGGAGGAAGCUGCUCAGUUGGAGGUUAGUGAGGCUUAAUUGUGAAAGGGGAAGGGUGUGUGGAUGGGUAGAGAGAGUAGAUGAAAUCAUAAGUGGUGGUUGGUGAUAAGAGUGCUUGGGUCUAAGAAUAAAUCAAAAGAGGACAAAGGAUAAAGGAUAAUUACAGGAUAAAAAACCGGGGAGUGAAGAGAGCAGCUAUCGUAUAGUAUAUAAGCAAAAUAUAGUUUUA